AUGGGCAAGGCCUCCAGAUGGUUCCGUUCGCUUCUGGGCUCCAAGAAUUCGAAGAAUUCCCCUGAUUCGGCUCCGGACAAGAAGAAAUCUGGGUACCGGAACUCCUCCAACUCCAAUUUGGGUGUCGUCAGGAACUCUGUUACCGGCAGCAAUGACAAUUCUCUUGCCGGUUCAAGAGGCGGCGUUGGUGGGCCCACAUGGUCCGCCCCCGCCUAUGAGAAUGCUUCUUCAACUUCUUAUGUUGAGUUGGAUGCUAGCAAGCACGCGAUAGCCGUGGCGGCUGCCACCGCUGCCGUGGCGGAGGCCGCUCUUGCUGCCGCUCAGGCGGCUGCCGAAGUCGUCAGGCUCACUAGCGCCGGACCUUCUGUGUCUGGAACUAGAACUGUAACCUCGGCGGCGUAUUCUACCAGAGAUCGACGGCAGGAAUUGGCGGCUAUCAAGAUUCAGUCAGCAUUUAGAGCUUAUCUGGCCAGGAGAGCACUGAGGGCCCUUAAAGGAUUGGUUAAACUUCAGGCUCUAGUCAGAGGUCGAAUUGUCAGAAAGCAAAGCGCAGACAUGCUCCGUCGUAUGCAGGCACUGGCUAGAAUACAGGCUCGAGCGUGUGCAAGCAGAGUUGUUUCUGAGUCCCCUCACUCUCUUAUGAAGUCUGUGCAGCAUCUCCAUGCUGGUUCUCAAUUACUCAGAAAAUCUGAAAAUCCACGGCGAUCCUACAACGCCAAACAUGAACGACCAGACGUGAAGAAAGGGGCUUCAAAACCUAAUGUAAACAACAGCAUCAAAGUUGAGGGACUGCAGCUAGGGUCCAGUUGGCUAGAUCGAUGGAUGGAAGAAUGCGCAUGGAACAACCACUAUGAUACCUCCAUAAGCAUGUCUAGAGAUGAUGAGAAAAGUGUCAAGAUACUUGAGAUAGACACUUGGAAACCAACUUAUGACCCAAGAGAAGGUGACAACACCUUUCAGGGGGCGCAAUUCUUUCAGGCUUGGAAUGAGAAUGGGCAAGGAGUUGCAGCCUUUGAUCCAUUGUCAGGGGUCGCCGCCAAACUGGAGAAGCCAAAUCCUAGUGUAUCUUCUGGGGAUGUCCCUGCUUUAAGAUCACUAAAAUUUCAUCCACAGGAAGAACAAAUGCUUGGACGGACUGCUGAGAACAGUCCAUGCCUACAUUCUGCAUCUUCUAGACCUGGUAGUAGCAGUAGAAGAGGUCCUUUUACACCCACACAGAGUGAGUGCUCGAGGAGUGUAUUUGGUGACUACCUAAGCCACCCUAGUUACAUGGGUGUUACCGAAUCAUCCCUUGCUAAAGUUAGGUCCCAAAGUGCCCCCAGACAGAGAAUGCAAUAUGAAAGACUUGGUACAAGCCGGAAGUUUCUUCCUGGGCUCUGGGACCUAGAAACUACUUCUGAAAGGGGAUCUAUCCCACCAGCUAACCUCAGAGGCAAAGCAUAUCGUUCCUCUGGCAUGAACAGAGUAGGAACGCAUGUCCACAGUGAUGCUGUGAAUUUUAAUGUGACUUCUAAAAGCAGGCCCUAG